CCAAACGACUGCUCGAUCAUAGGAUAAUAGACCCUGUCUCUAGUACGUGCGGCAGAUUCGUCGUCGCUUUUGAGAGGGAGGGAAUUCUUGAAGAGGUUCUCGAAGGAGAACGACGAGAUGACGAGAAUCCGAAGAGGCGAGCAAAGGAGGGAAGUCUCCCUAAGUGGAGGGGAUGCGGCCAACAGUCACAUUAUAUGCAGCCUGUUGAUUCAUUGGACACGGCAGUGACAACCGCGCUGUAUACAGCAUCACACGUUGCAGCCGAGGUGAUUGAGCUCGCUUGAUACAUAAUCUCGUUGAAGUUUCCUCGAUUGGCGUUAUCGGCGUUCCGUGACUAAAGGUGCAGUCUCGAUCUCGUAGACUGAAAGGGAUUGAACGUGCCGUUGGACUACGUGAAACAAGCUUCGCGCGGCGUGGAAGAGCACACACAAUAUCCGGAAGAGUGACCGGGUGCGGGCCUGAUCGGCGAACACACCGACCACGGCCGUCGGAGGCACACAUGCUGAAGAGCCGAGGAACGACUUACCGCGUAAACGAGCUUCCAUUAUCAUGAGGCCUUGGACCAACAAAUCCCUCGGCCUUGGUUUUCUCGGCGUCUUACUGAUCGUUUCCGGCACGACUCUCUAUUUAUCUUGGCCAGCGAUAUUCCAUUAUAUUCUCCAAAAAGAAAUACCGUUGUCACCGACGUCGAAAGCGUUCGAAAUAUGGAACGACACGAGCAGCUUGCCUCCCAUGUAUUUCAAAAUCUACUUCUUCAAUUGGACCAAUCCGCAGCAGCUGAGGAUCCCUGGGAAGAAGCCGAACCUCGAGCAAGUCGGCCCAUACGUAUUCCGGGAGAUCAGGCAAAAGGCGAACGUGGUGUUUCACCCUGAGAAUCACACGGUGAGCUAUUUCAACCGGCGAUGGUGGUACUUCAAGCCGGAGCUUAGCAACGGAUCCCUGACCGACCGCAUCACUCAACUGAAUGCCGUCGCGAUCUCGGCGAAACACAAGGUGAGAUACUGGGACGGAGCGUUGCAAACUACUCUGUCGCUGAUGCUGUCGGCGUCGAACGUGCAUACCACGAAGAUGGUGGAUCAGCUGUUGUUCAAGGGUUACGAAGACGCGCUGAUCGAGCUGGGAAGAAUGGCGGCGGAACUAGGAGAGGACGUGCCACCCUUCGACAAGUUUGGAUGGUUCUACAUGAGGAACGGAUCCACGAUGUUCGAUGGUCACUUAAACAUGGACACAGGUGCUCUGAACAUUGGCGACUUUGGUACCUUGAGGAAAUGGAACGACAAGGACACGACCAGGUUCUUCAAAAGUCCGUGCAACGUAGUGGAAGGAAGCGCGGGCGAGUUCUGGCCGCCGUAUCGACAGAAAGACGAGAUCCUCUUGUUCUCCGGUGAACUCUGCAGGCCAUUGACGUUCGAGUACUCGCACACGGUCGAUCACAUGGGCCUAGAGGGCUAUCGGUACGAUCUCAGCGAGAAGACGUUAGGAAACAGCACGAAACGACGCUAUCCUCACGAUCAAGCAAAGUAUUUCGAACCGACCACUACCACCGAAGACUUCUUCGAAGCUGAACACUCGGCAGAAGUGACGAACGCUCCCGAAGAGGAUCCAGACGUAGUAAACAUAGGGAACUGCUUUUGCAACGGGAAAUGCACCCCCGCGGGUCUGCUGAAUGUGAGCGUCUGCCGCUACGGCGCUCCUGUGUUCGUCAGUCUGCCUCAUUUCAACAGAGCCGACCCCAGCCUCAGAGAACACGUUACCGGACUUAAUCCCGACGAGGAACAUGACUUCUUCAUCACGCUCGAGCCGGCUUUUCAAAUCCGUACCAAACGUUUACUUCCCAGUGAUGUGGUUCGCAUUGGAUGUCGACGCGCCUGACGAAUUUGUCGACGGAUUGAAAAAACUUUUAUCUUUGCCGAACGUAAUCAUAUACGCUGGCGUGGUUAUGAUCCUUGUGGGGUCACUCAUGGUCUUCAUGGUUGCGGUGUUAUAUCUUUUGAACAAACAACGCGCAAACUCUAUGACUACCGACAAGAAUGUCAAGCAAGAGAUAUUGGCUCCCGCGGACAAAUCAGAACUGAUUUACUUGGACAAGAGCAACGGUGGCGACGAUAUGCACGUUAGAAACGAUCGUAAAUUAUAUCCUAACUCGACUGAAUCCAUCAACGCGGAUCUACAGUCGAAGCUUCAGAAUCAAAAGUAGAGGAGAGGAAACAAAAAUGUCUAUCAAUGAAUCUAGUCGAUCGAGCGUGUUCGACGGAUAGCGUCGAUGCGGUUAACGAUCGGAGGUUUCUCCUUUUACGAUAAGAUGUCCAAGUAUUUGAACGCGAUAUCGGCGAAAGCCGAACAUUUCAGGAUUUCGGGCAAAAUCCAUCGAAUUCCUAUGAAAUGGUUUAUCUGUAGUAAAAAAUACAGAUAUCCUAGGGCGUUUCACGAGUGACGUUUCGAGUCCACGAGCCACUGAUACAAUUUCUUAUCAUUUUCAGCUAAGGAACCUUGUGUUUUUAUAUUGUGUUUGACGUCCUCUAGAAUCAAAGCGAAGUGCAUAACCAGGGUUCGUACCUUGGUUUAGUUGUGAAAAAAAAAUGUCGGCUAGAUCGAUGCCAUACAUUCCCUCCUUGUCUUUGUGUCAUUCAAUUAAAAUCAAACGUAAGACUGAUGAAAGCGAAAAAAGUCACGAACGAUGCUUAAAAAUUAACCAAUCGAUAUAUUUCUGCUUGGUUUUCGUAAUAAGCGUGAUUUGAUGUGUGGAUGGGACCAAGGAAUUAUAGACAUCAUUAUUGCUCAUGAAUAUAAAUAAACGAACGGAGACAACGAGUCACGUCAGUAAAUGACACACUUGUGACGAAAGUGGCACAACUUGGGAAAGUAUAUUUCCAGAAAAAGCGAAAGACCGUCUUCUACAAUCACAAGUUAUUUUGUGCAAUUCGAAAGGACAAAAGUCAGAACAAGAAACAUUUGGAGGUUUCAUCAGUCAGCCAGUACAAAUCACUUUUCGUUCAAAAUCACUUUAGUCACCUUUUUAUUAUUGAAACCGUCAUUUUCAUCAUUAUAAUAUUAUUACGAUAUUAUAAACUAAACUGCUUCACCGACUGAAGGUUUUGACAAGAAAUGUAUGUGUAUAAAAAAAAAGAAAGCAAUAUGACUGGCACUAUAUUUAUAGAAUGCAACAUAUUAUACGAAUCAAGAUGAACGACAUGAUACAACUUUGCCAGCUAAAUUAUAAAGACAAAUUAGAUUUUUUUAAAAAUAUCUCUGCAAACAUUCUCACAGUGAUAGAUAACUCGAAAGUAAAGUCGUCUUUCGAAUUAUGUCACCCUCGUCGCAAGUGUGUGAUAUGUAAUAGGUGCCAAACUUUCGCGAACGUUGAUCAAGAGUCGUUGAUCAAAUAAUCAUUUUAUCGCCAAUAUCAAUGUUCCUGCUGUUUCAAAAGCUACUUCAGUGCCAAACUCGACGGGAAAGCUGUUAAGUUUUUUUACUCGUUUAUUACUUGUCUUUAAGAUUGCCACGAACGUCAACGAUUUAUAUACAUGAUCAGUGUAUGAUCAAACGUGAUAGAUAUUGCGAGGCUUAAAUUAAUACGUUCCGAUCAAGUGCAAUUAUCGUGUAGUUGUAAUUCCAAUUCUGUAAUUAUUAAACACACGAUAAAGCUUCUAAUCGUUUCAGAUUUUGUAUGGUAUUUUAAUAAAAACUCUCAACUUUUGCCACGUUGCACUAAUAGGCAUCCCGCAUCAGUUUCACAAAAAAUCGGAUACGAAAGCAAAAAAAUCAUUCGCGACACUCUUGGGAUUAACUUCCUUAUCGUCGAUGAGUAACCACGCACGCGGACUCAUCGAGCGUUGAUAACAACGAACGACACGCUCGUCAUCUUUUCCUUAAAUUUCUAACAAAGAACUAACUGAAUUUUUCAUCAUCACCGAAUUGAUCACUUCAAUUUGAAUAAAAAAUACGAAACAUUGUAUCCUUGUUUAUAGCGUGCAUUUUUUCUAAAACACUCUUGCAACAGUAUAUUUUCAUGUUCGCGGUCCAAUCGCUUUCCCGAAUGUAUGUUCAAGCCGUUAUCUCUGCCUGCGAUUAGAUUUCUUACUCAUCAUCGCAGCAAAGUUUUUCAAAAAUCUGCUAUUUUGCCGAAGACGAGUCGUCGCGUCGAAAGCUAGAACUCUCUCGAGUUCCGGGAAACCAAGAAGCUAGCGACUCUCUCUCGCACUCGUCAACCUUGCUUUUC